AAUAAUUAUUGUAAAACAAUUUGAAGUAAACGAGACACAAAUUAAUUUUACAUUUCGAAGAACUGCUGAACGAAAAAAUGCCUAUUGCUUCGUGCCGAUUGUGGCAAAAUGUUUUUAACUUUGAAUAUGGAUUUACACCAAUAUUAUGAUUGAAUCAUUACAAACAUUAUGAUGCUCUUACAAUUGAAUUUGAAGUAAAGUAUAAAAUGACAUCAGUCCCUCCAGUAAAAACCAAAGUGAACGAAGUAAAAAAUUUGAAUGAAAAGUAUGGAGAAAUGACAGAUAAAAGAUUAACAGUACUUGAGACACAUGGUUAUGCUAUUGGAAACGUAAUCGGCGUGGGUUCUUAUGCGACAGUCAAAGUUGCAAAAUCAGAGCGACACAAUAGUCAAGUAGCGAUAAAAAUAAUUUCAAAGUUUCAAGCACCAGGUGAUUAUUUAAAAAAAUUUUUACCUCGUGAAAUCGAAGUUGUUAAAGGAUUAAAACAUCCAAAUUUAAUUCGCUUUUUACAAGCUAUCGAAACGACACAUCGGUUAGUAAAAUUUGACAUUAAGAAUAUAUCAAUUUAUAUAAUUAUUAACGAACAAGUCCUUGUAACAACGUCUUAUAAACAAAAAAGGGUAUAUAUAAUUAUGGAGUAUGCACAGAAUGGUAGCUUACUUGAUAUCAUAAGACACGAUACUUAUAUCGAUGAAGGUCGUAGUCGCCGAUGGUUUCGUCAACUUCUUGAAGCUGUUGAUUAUUGUCAUGAAAAGGGUGUAGUUCAUAGGGAUAUAAAGUGUGAAAAUUUAUUAAUGGAUAAUAAUUUGAAUAUUAAAUUAUCUGAUUUUGGUUUUGCACGUGGUCAUAUGAAACCAAAAAAUGGAACAUCACCUCUUAGCGAAACUUUCUGUGGUAGUUAUGCUUAUGCUUCUCCAGAAAUAUUGAAGGGUAUACCUUAUCGACCACAGUUAUCAGAUAUAUGGUCUAUGGGUGUAGUACUUUUUGCUAUGGUUUAUGGACGACUUCCUUUUGAUGAUACAAAAUAUACUCUUCUUUUAAAGCAAGUACAAAACAAGGUCACCUUUCCUAAAGAACCAGAUGUAUCUAGUGCUUGUCAAUCCCUCAUUAGUCGUAUACUUGUAGCACAACGCCAUCGCUUACUUAUUAAUAACAUUAGAAAAGACGUAUGGUUAACUAUGUCCAGUGUAGCUAUGCAGACAUCUACUAUAAAUGAAAAUGAUUCAUCAAUGGCAAUUAAACAAACAAAGUCUAAAGAAAAUCAUGUACAACAUAUGAAAACUAUGAAUGAUAAAGAUUCGCUUAAAAUGCAAGACGUGAAAAAUACGAAGAAUAUUAAUACUGAUACUUCUAAAUAUGAUGUCAAUAUUCAAUUGCAAAAUGCUUUAACGAAUGAUUGUUAUAAUCACGGGCAAAAUCAAAACUCGUAUUUUGAAUAAU